UCAGUGAAGAACGUUGACGAGUUCAGCGAUCAUCAACCUUUCUCCAUUAUUUCAUGGAACAUGGGUCACGAGCAAAGCAAGAAGAGUCCUCAGUCUGAGGGUGCUGAAGCUUCAGCUCCUAGGCGUCCUAGGACUGAAGAUCAAAUGUCUCAUCCUUUGCAGUCAUACAGCACUGAUCCCUCUGAACACCCUACUACCAACGUUAUUGCUGAUGAUAUUUGGCGAUUGUUGGAAACUAACUCAAGGGCAGCACACACAGCUACUGCUUCGCCUAGACAACAAGGCUCGUGGCUUGGUCCUUCUCAGCCAGCAACCAGCACCCUGCACCCUCGGCAAUAUUACCAGCCCACCUGGUCAUCUUCCCCUUAGUACAAAGCUCUGCAUGGGCGCCCGCUGGCCAUGAUGCGCCCCUCUCUUACUGCUCGUCAUCCUUUGAUCACUCCAUCGGCCAGCCCAACUACCGCAUCUCUGAUGCAUCUCGAGGGCCCGCCAGCUUCUGGACCAUCUGGUAGUGGCGGAAAACAAGUGGGAUCACCGAUACCAAUCGAAUCGUUGGAUCAAGAACUGUUCGAUCGUCUGAAGUCCAUCUUCAACUCUCAGGAGGCCGUUGUCGAAGCAGCUGUUCCUCGUGAGGCCAUCGAUGUGGAUCCGGCCCCCGAGGAAAAGAAGAAGCAGCAAAAGCUUGAAGAUCUACUUGCAACCAACGUCUUCAAAUCCGAUGUCACCACUCUCAAACGCAAGAAAGCCCAUGACAUUUUCGCCAUUGAGAGCAAGAAAAAAUUCAAAAGACUCAACACUGACAAGAAGAAGUCUGACUGAAAAAAAUGUUGAAGAAAUGUGGAACAAACUUUCUCCUGAUGAGCAGCUUGCCUGGUUCCACGAUGAUGAGAGGAGGACUAAAUUAGUUAAAGAGUAUGUAUAGCAAAGUGAAUGUUAACUUUGACGUCAAAAGUUUAAGCGGUAGAGGUGCUCCCUGCCAGGCACUUAGGCCUUUUCUCGACUCUUAUCGACACAUGCAAUCAUUCCCUUGGGAGUCCACGUUUUCUUGCAAUCAAAUGAUACUACUUAUUAAUUGUUUGUAUAAUAACUAAAAAAAAUUAUUCCUUAGAUUGCUGUCAUUAGUAAAAUGUAUUCCUUAUUUGUGUAGCUUAAUUUUGAGAAACAAUUCACUUAUUUGACUUAUUUCAUUUGUUGUUGUAGGUUACAAAAUAAAGUUUUCUCAAUUUGGUUUAAA